GUUGCCGCAGAGACGCCCCGCCCCCGCGCGGCGCUGCGGAACCGGAGCUCCGGGCGGCGUCGGAAGCAGCGCGGGAGGCGGCGAGGCCGGGACGGCAGCAGCAGGCGCGGCGAUCGCAGCGAGAGCGCGAGAGCGGUGGGGACGGAGCAGACCACGACGAACGCGCACAGGCAGCCGGACCGGGCCGGGCCACUGGGAGAGCGGCCGCCGGGAAGCGGGCGGGAGGCCGGGCGGGCAGCGGGCAGCCGCCGAGCCGCGAAGCGACAUGGUGCUGCUCAAGGAGUAUCGAGUCAUCCUGCCUGUGUCUGUAGAUGAGUAUCAAGUAGGGCAGCUGUAUUCUGUGGCUGAGGCCAGUAAAAAUGAAACGGGUGGUGGUGAAGGUGUGGAAGUCCUGGUGAACGAGCCCUAUGAGAAGGAUGGAGAGAAGGGCCAGUACACACACAAGAUCUACCACUUACAGAGCAAAGUACCCACAUUCGUUCGAAUGCUGGCCCCCGAGGGAGCCCUGAAUAUACACGAGAAAGCAUGGAAUGCUUACCCUUACUGCAGAACCGUUAUUACAAAUGAGUACAUGAAAGAAGACUUUCUGAUUAAAAUUGAAACCUGGCACAAACCGGAUCUUGGCACCCAGGAGAAUGUGCAUAAGCUGGAGCCUGAGACAUGGAAACAUGUGGAACCCAUAUAUAUAGACAUCGCAGAUCGAAGCCAAGUACUUAGCAAGGAUUACAAGGCAGAGGAAGACCCAGCAAAAUUUAAAUCUGUCAAAACAGGCCGAGGACCCUUGGGCCCAAAUUGGAAGCAAGAACUUGUAAAUCAGAAAGACUGCCCGUAUAUGUGUGCAUACAAACUGGUUACUGUCAAGUUCAAGUGGUGGGGCCUGCAGAACAAAGUGGAAAACUUUAUACAUAAGCAAGAGAGGCGUCUUUUUACAAAUUUCCACAGGCAGCUGUUCUGUUGGCUCGAUAAGUGGGUUGACCUGACUAUGGACGACAUUCGAAGGAUGGAAGAAGAGACAAAGAGACAGCUGGAUGAGAUGAGACAAAAGGACCCAGUGAAAGGGAUGACAGCAGAUGACUAAAGCCACCCCUACCCUUUCUGCACUUUUUGCAAGACAGUGGUCAACAGGAAGGCCCAGCAGCUCCACCCUCCUGAGUGACAGGCCAUCUUCGGACGCAGCCUUUCUGUGCCUAUUCUUCAGGCAACUUUUGAUCCCUUACCGUAGCUAAUUAUAGAUACCCUUUAAUAUUGUGAACAAAUAGACCGUCCGGUAUUACAAAGCCCACGUGUGCAGGAGCCUGCUCCUCUGAGAUAUGUGGCGAGUAGGUUGCUGUAUUUACAGCUCCUCCCUCUCUCUCCAUUGUGUUCUGACCCAUUUCUGUGUACCCCCCAUCUUAUUUCUAAGUGACAUUUUUAGCCUUUCAAAAUAGCUGCCUUUUGUGAUGUGGUGAUUUAAGUUCCUUUGUUUUCAACCUUGAGAUAAACUGUAAUAUUUUUGCUUGCUGGGCAGAUCUUUGCAAUUUUGAGUGCUAACUUGGGGAGAGAGGAUGAGUUAGAAAUACAGAAUUCCUACCUUCCCAGUUCCACAGAAUAGCAAUGUGGCUCAUAACUCUGAACUCUGCUCCAGUUGUUAGAGUGCUCUAAGCACCAAGGAAGUAGCCAAGGCCCAGCCAGUCUCUGUUUAAGAUAAUUUAACAAAUAUGAAUAAUCCCUGUCCCAGUCUUUGUAUCUCUGGCCAUUGUUCUUAGAAACAACUGUAGCUUCUUGGCCCUCCUGUUGCCCAUUGUGUCUGAAUCCUUCUGCAGAGCCUACAAGGCACCCUGGUCACCUCUCCACCUGGAGGGACUUGUCCAGUGUGGCCCAUAGAAUUGAGUCUGUCCCAUAGAUAUUGAUCCAUCUGACCCCGAGGAGCCUUAUAUGUCCAUGCUCCUCUUCCCUUUUGGGCUGGUGCUGCCACUCAGCAAUAAUCCUCUUUUCUCUGUGCUUUCUUAGAUCCCUAUCCUCUGUCUUUGAGGUUGGUUAGAAUGCAAGAGUCCUGAUCUCUUCAUGCUGCACACAAUGAGCAUGCAAAAAGCUUUCUUUUCCAGCAGAACAUGUAACCUCUUGUCUUCAGUCAUUGGAAAGGAAUUUGAAGAAAAAGAACUCAGCUCAUCCUGCCCCCGUGCUGAGUUCUGUCCUGGACAAUCAAAAGCAAGCAGUGAUCAUAGUCUAGAAUUCUACCAAAGUAGGCUGGAGAAGUCCAGGUUCCAGGGGAGGAGAGGCUGCUGAGUGCCUCCUAGUUCCUACAACUUGGUAGAACCCGAGUAUGCCUUCCUGGUGGGAGAAUCUGAGACAGCUGCAGUGUCACCUGACCAUUCCCAAACCUUGCGAAGUUAUGUCAGCCUGAGCAUGCAGUCAUCCAGUCCCAUGCUAGCCUGGGUGCCUCUUGCUGAGAGAGACCAAAUCUCCCUUGGGAGAGCGAGAAGUGGGAUGGGCUAAUUUAUCCUUAUGAUUUUAUCAGUUUGUUUGCCUUACCUUACUCAUUUCUAAGUGCAAUAAGGGAGCGUCUCACAGGAUUGCACCUGGGACAUCCUAAUGGAUGGUUUCCUAUGGCCUUCCAAGAGCUGACAGAUUCAGACCCCUCAGCGUUAACUCUGACCUUCACUGAGGUCCCUUUGGAACCAGAGAUGUCCUCUUAGAAGCACUUUUCCUCUGUAUGUCUCCCCACUUUGCUGGGUCCUUAGUAAUGGACCUGGGCAUUCAGUUGGUGAUUAGCAUCUCAACUGCUGUUAUUGUGUAUUGGACUGGGAAAGUUGAAGAAGAGGCAUUCCUACAGGAGAAAAAUGUAAAUGUUUUCCUACAAGCUCUGUAUUACCUAUUAAUUAUAUUUGUGCUUAAAGAUGUUCCUUCUUCAUUCGUCAACUAGGUGAGUUAUCUUGGGAGAAACUGAUACUAUAAGCAGACAUUUGUUAACAUGGGGUGAGGAUCAGAUGUUAGUCUCCUUCAGCUUUUCUUUGCGAUCCACACGUAUCAUAUCUGCUCUCAUGAGGGCUCACUCUUUAUCUACCUUUUCUCUGGGUCCUCCACUUCCCACUCCCACCCCAACUGAAAACAUCCGAAUGAGCUGAGCUACAGUUUCCUGAGAUGAGCCUGGAUCUGGGGCUCCUGGCCACAGGAAAAAGGAGGAACAAACAUUCCUGGUAUUCUGUUCUCACAGACUGUGUUGCUGCUAGGCAACCGUGUUGGCUUCUUUUAAGAACUCCAUCCCUCCUCACCCAUCCCAAACUGUCUAACACUCGGAGGGGCUUCUGAGCAAAGUCUCGGCUCCGAGGGGAGAAUACCUGAGGGUGCACCACACCCCUGCAGAGCAGCUGCUUCCUUUAGACUUCCAGAGACUGCAGCCCAGCUGAAAGCAGCAGUGCUUCUGCAUGAGGGCUUCUGGGCUCUGGCCUCACCAAGAGAGGGUGAGGGCAGGGUCAGUAUUGUGGGCAUGUGUCUAUCUUCCCAAGUUCUCCUUUUACAGUCCCCACUGGGACUCCCCGACUUAUUUUGGUUGGUUCCUAGUGCUACUUUUACAAACUACACUUUGUAGAAAUGAUUAGAUUACUUUAUUUAAUGUGAGUUUGUGCCUUUUUUGUCUCAAUCUUCCAAUACAAGUAUAUUGGGCGAAAAAGCAGUCUAAUAAAAUCCUAGACAGAGCUUUCUGGA